AUGUUCGAGGACAUUCAACUGAUUUACAUGAACAUCCGGAUCCUGCGCUUCUGGGCUCUUCUUUAUGACAAUAAUAUAAAGAAGUAUCUGUGCAUUGGCCUGGCCACCUUCCACAUCUUUACCCAACUGGUCUACAUGAUAAGCACCACGGAAGGACUCAUUGGUAUAAUUCGCAACUCAUAUAUGCUGGUCCUUUGGAUCAACACGGUGCUGCGAGCCUUUCUCCUACUGCUCGACCACGACAGCUACGUGGCCUUAAUUGACAAUCUAACUGCGGCCUAUUACGAUCUCAUAAAUCUGAGGGAUACCUACAUAACCCAGGAGUUAGAUCAACUGAACCGGGUUGGUAAACUGAUGGCCAGGGGUAAUCUGUUCUUUGGACUACUCACCUGCGUGGGUUUCGGCCUGUAUCCUCUAUCCUCAAGCGAGAGAGUUCUCCCAUUUGGUAGCAGGAUUCCUGGCCUCAAUGAGUACGAGACCCCGUAUUACCAGCUGUGGUACCUCUUUCAGAUGACCAUCACCCCGAUGGGCUGCUGCAUGUACAUUCCCUACACCAGUCUGAUCGUGGCCCUGAUCAUGUUCGGGAUCGUGCGUUGCAAGGCUCUGCAGCAUCGCCUCCGCCGGGUGGCCAAACUUCAUCCGUUUGGCCAACGAGAUAAUCGAAAGUUGGCGGCGGAGAUUGUCGAAUGCAUUCGGUAUCAGCAGAGCAUUAUCGAGUACAUGGAUCACAUAAAUCAGCUUACCACGAUGAUGUUCCUUUUCGAGCUGCUGGCCUUUUCGGCUUUACUUUGUGCUCUUCUCUUUCUGCUAAUUAUUGUUAAUGGCACCGGUCAGAUAAUCAUCGUCUGCAUGUACAUCAACAUGAUCCUGGCCCAAAUCCUGGCCCUUUACUGGUAUGCCAACGAGCUGAGGGAGCAGAAUCUGGCAGUGGCCACAGCAGCCUACGAGACAGAGUGGUACACCUACGAAAUUCCUGUUCGCAAAAACAUAAUUUUUAUGAUGAUGAGGGCCCAAAGGCCGGCAUCGAUACUUCUUGGCAAUAUUCGUCCUAUUACCUUGGAGCUCUUUCAGAAUCUCCUAAAUACAACUUAUACAUUUUUUACGGUCCUGAAACGAGUCUAUGGCUAA